CUCUAACGUCGAUUUUUUAAAAAUUAAUUUAAAGUAUGUAGAAAUGGCCAAUGAAACCCAUUUUUCGGCGGAUUUGACCGGUUUAACUUGUAAUUUAGACAGUGAUUUAAAAGUAUUGAAGGAAAAUAGUGAAAAAAGCGAUAAAAAUAGCCCUUCAUUGGAAGAUAUUGAUGGAAUUGCAGCUGAUAUUUCCAAAGUUUCUGUCGCAAAAAAAAAGAAGAAGAAGAAAAUCAAAUGUAGUUUGAUAAAACAAGAUGAACCGCCUUCUAUUGGCCUUACUAAGCUAUAUCCGUCAGGAAAAUAUCCUGAAGGAGAGGAAAUGGAUUAUAAUAAUGAUAAUCUUUGGCGGGUAACAUCGGAAGAAAAACGAUAUUUAGAACUUUUAUCACAUGGGGAAUAUCAGGAUCUUCGUAGAGCAGCAGAAGUUCAUCGUCAGGUUCGGAAAUAUGCUCAAAAAACGAUUCAUCCUGGUAUGACGAUGAUAGAGAUAGCAGAAAUGAUCGAGAAUUCUACUAGAAUGUUAGUAGAAGAAGAUGGAUUGAAGGCGGGUAUUGGAUUUCCUACAGGUCUUAGUUUAAAUCAUUGUGCUGCCCACUAUACACCAAAUGCAGGAGAUAAUACAUGUCUUCAAAAAGACGAUGUAAUGAAGGUUGAUUUUGGAGUUCAUGUUAAUGGAAGAAUUAUUGAUAGUGCGUUUACAAUGACUUUUGACCAUAAAUAUGAUAAAUUACUUGAGGCUGUUAAGGAAUCUACAAAUACAGGAGUUAGGGAAGCUGGUAUUGAUGUAAGACUUUGUGAUAUUGGUGCUGCAAUUCAGGAAGUUAUGGAGAGUUAUGAAGUCGAAUUAGAUGGAAAUACAUAUCAAGUUAAACCUAUUAGAAAUCUAAAUGGGCAUAAUAUUACCCCAUAUACUAUACAUGGUGGGAAAUCUGUUCCUAUUGUUAGAGGAGGAGAUCAGACAAAGAUGGAAGAAAAUGAAGUAUUUGCCAUUGAAACAUUUGGAAGUACAGGAAGGGGCUAUGUUAGGGCAUAUGGUGAUUGUUCACAUUAUGCAAGAAAAGGGAAUGUAGGUCAUGUUCCUCUUCGUUUGGCGCGUGCGAAACAUCUUUUGGCUACUAUUGAGAAAGUUUUUGGGACACUUCCAUUUUGUAGAAGAUAUUUGGAUAGAAUUGGAGAGACAAAAUAUUUACUUGCUUUGAAUAAUUUGGUAAAUUCUGGAAUUGUUGAAUCAUAUCCUCCUUUAGUUGAUAUCAAAGGCUGCCAAACAGCUCAAUUUGAGCAUACCAUUCUUUUAAGACCAACAAGAAAAGAAGUUCUCAGUAGGGGUGAUGAUUAUUAAUAGUAAACAUUUGAAAAAUAUAGAAUAUAUUUCAAUUAAAUAAUAA